GUUGAAGGAACCUUGAUAUGUUCCUGUACAAAGCUCUUAAACACAGAGAUGAAGAGGAAGACAUACAGUCCCAGAAACCCUGGAUAGAAAGCACUUUCACCAAGAGGGAAUGUGUGUACAUACUUCCAGUGUCAAAGGACCCCCACAGAUGCCUUCCAGGAUGCCAGAUUUGCCAACAGCUGGUUCGGUGCUGCUGUGGACGGUUGGUGCGGCAACAUGUUGGCUUUACAGCCAGCUUGGCCACGAAGUACUCCGAUGUGAAGCUGGGCGACAAUACCAACUUGCCUAUGUCAGAGCUGCAGGAGUGGUCAGUGGAAAAUCACACAGAGGCUAGUCCCACUGGCUAUGGUGUCAUUAAUUUCCAGGGAGGGUCUCACUCUUACAAAGCCAAGUAUGUACGUUUGUCCUACGAUUCACGGCCUGAGAGCAUCCUUCGCCUGAUGCUGAAGGAAUGGCAGAUGGAGCUUCCGAAGAUCCUCAUCUCUGUCCACGGAGGAGUUCAAAACUUUGACCUGCAUCCAUGCAUCAAACGGGUGGUAGGAAAAGGCCUCAUCAAAGCUGCAGUUACCACUGGAGCAUGGCUUCUCACUGAGGGUGUGUGAACAGGUGUGGCAAAGCAUGUGGGAGAUGCUCUGAAAGAGCACUCUUCAAGAUCAUCAAAGAAAAUUUGCACUAUUGGGAUUGCUCCUUGGGGAGUCAUUGAGAACAGGAAUGACCUCAUUGGGAGAGAUAUUACCGCUCCAUAUCAGACGCUUCUGAAUCCACUCAGCAAGCUAAAUGUUCUUAACAGUCUCCAUUCCCAUUUCCUCCUGGUGGAUGAUGGAACAGUGGGCAAGUAUGGUGCCGAAGUUAAACUGCGCCGGGACCUGGAGAAGCACAUCAACCUUCAGAGAAUACAUGCACGUAUUGGUCAGGGUGUUCCUGUCGUGGCUCUGAUCUUUGAGGGGGGACCCAAUGUGAUUCUGACUGUACUGGAAUACCUUCAGGAGAGCCCUCCUGUCCCAGUAGUUGUGUGUGAGGGCACUGGCCGUGCCGCUGACAUACUGGCCUAUGUGCACAAGCAGACCGAGGAGGGCGGACAUCUUCCAGAUGGAGUGGAAGCUGACAUUGUUGCAACUAUCAAGAAAACCUUCAACUUCAGCCAAAGUGAUGCCAUCCAUCUCUAGACUUGGAUGGAGUGUAUGAAAAAUAAGAAUUGCAUCACUGUGUUUCACAUCAGCUGAGAACACCAGGACAUCGAUGUCGCCAUUCUUAGAGCUUUGCUUCAAGGCACAAACAUGCCUGCCUUCGAUCAGCUUGUCCUGACUCUGGCCUGGGACCGUGUAGACAUUGCCAAGAAUCAUGUAUUUGUAUACGGACAGCAGCUCCUGGUGAGCUCUCUGGAGCAAGCAAUGCUAGAUGCUCUCGUGAUGGACAGGGUAGAUUUUGUCAAGUUGCUUAUAGAAAACGGCGUGAGCAUGCAUCGUUUCCUGACAGUCAGUCGGCUCGAGGAGCUCUACAACACGAAACAACCUCCAAACAAUCACACUCUCCUCCACCUGGUUAGAGAUGUGAAACAGGGCCACCUGCCCCUGAACUAUAAAAUUACUUUGAUUGAUGUGGGCCUGGUUAUUGAGUACCUGAUGGGUGGGACUUACAGGUGCAACUACACCAGGAAGCGCUUCAGAAUAAUUUACAACAAUCUCCAUGGCAACAGUCGGAGGUCAGGGCGCCAUGCAGCUGGACCUGGUUCUCAUUUGAGGAAAAGUCACGAGUCUUUUAGUAUGAAUACUGACAAGAAGGAGAAGACCAGGCACAACCACUUCAUCAAGACUGCACAGCCGUACAAACCCAAGCUGGAGUCUUCCACCGAGCAGAAUAAAAAAAGGAGCAAGGAAGAGAUUGUGGACAUCGAUGACCCAGAGACGCGGAGGUUUCCAUACCCGUUUAAUGAGUUGCUGGUGUGGGCUGUGCUGAUGAAGAGGCAGAAAAUGUCACUGUUCUUCUGGCAACAUGGUGAGGAGAACAUGGCAAAAGCACUGGUGGCCUGUCAGCUUUGCCGCUCUAUGAGCUACGAGGCCAAGAAAAGCGACGUAGUGGACGACACGUCAGAAAAGCUGAAGGAGUAUUCAAAUGAGUUUGGGACCUUAGCUGUGGACCUGCUGGAACAGUCAUUCAGGCAAGAUGAGACUAUGGCCAUGAAGCUACUGACCUAUGAACUGAAAAACUGGAGUAACUCCACAUGUUUGAAGUUGGCUGUGUCAUCCCACCUGCGGCCUUUUGUGGCUCAUACAUGCACCCAAUUGCUGCUGUCAGACAUGUGGAUGGGGCGGCUGAACAUGCGCAAGAACUCCUGGUAUAAGGUGAUCCUUAGUAUCUUGGUGCCUCCUGCCAUCCUACUUUUGGAGUACAAGUCCAAGGCUGAGAUGGCCCACAUCCCUCAGAGCCAAGAUGACCACCAGAUGACUAUGGAGGACAGUGAAAACAACUUCCCAAACACGGCUGAUGGCAUACAAAUGGAUGUGUUCAAGGAGCCCAGAUCCCAAGACCAUGUGGAGGUGAAAAAUGAUAUUGAGAUCCAUGUUCGUUCCAGGAAGCUGCCUUUAACCAGGAAGAUUUAUGCCUUCUAUCAUGCUCCCAUUGUCAAGUUCUGGUCAAACACGCUCUUCUACCUGGGCUUCUUGAUGUUCUACUCCUACGUGAUCCUGGUGAGAAUGCCUGAAUGGCCUUCUCCUCAAGAAUGGGUGGUCAUCCUUUACAUCUUCACUCAUGCGAUUGAGAAAAUUCGAGAGAUGUUUAUGUCAGAAGCGGGCAAAAUCAGUCAGAAGAUAAAGGUGUGGUUCAGUGACUAUUUCAAUGCGUCUGACUUUUUUGCCAUUAUGACCUUCUUUUUUGCCUUUGGCCUGAGGUUGGGUGGCGAAGACACCUUUGUCGUUGGAAGGACACUUUAUUGUCUCAUUAUAAUCUUCUGGUAUGUGCGACUCUUGGACAUCCUGGCUGUUAACCAGCAAGCAGGACCAUAUGUUAUGAUGAUUGGUAAAAUGGUGGCAAACAUGUUUUAUAUUGUGGUAAUAAUGGCCAUAGUUCUGCUGAGCUAUGGUGUCCCCAGGAAAGCCAUUCUUUAUCCACAUGAAGAGCCUAGCUGGACAUUAGCCAAAGACGUGGUCUUUCAGCCAUACUGGAUGAUGUAUGGAGAAGUGUAUGCCUAUGAAAUAGAUGUGUGUGCCAAUAACAGCGAACAAUCCGUGCGAUCUCUGUGUGCGCCAGGAGUAGGGCUGACUCCUAUGCUACAAGCAGUCUACCUCUUUGUACAGUAUAUACUGAUGGUCAACCUCCUCAUCGCCUUUUUCAAUAAUGUGUACCUGCAAGUGAAGUCUGUCUCUAAUUUGGUGUGGAAGUACCAUCGUUACCAUUUUGUCAUGGCAUACCAUGAGAAGCCUGUCCUCCCUCCUCCCUUCAUCUUUCUGUGCCACAUCUAUUCUCUGUUCUGUAUGUGCAAGAAGAAGAAGAAAGAAAACACCUACGGACCAAAGUUGUUCCUCACAGAGGAAGACCAAAAGAAACUUCAUGAUUUUGAAGAGCAGUGUGUGGAAACUUACUUUCAUGAAAAGGAUGAUCAGUUUCACUCUGGGAGUGAAGAGCGCGUACGCCUGACCUCAGAAAGAGUUGAGACAAUGUGCAUGCAGCUGAAGGAGGUUGGGAACAAGGUCACCUUUAUAAAGCGAUCUUUGCACUCACUGGACUCCCAGAUUGGCCAUCUCCAGGACCUCUCUGCUUUGACUGUAGACAUUUUGAAGACCCUAACUGCUCAGAGAGCAUCUGAGGCCUGCAAGGUCCACAAUCAGAUCACCCGGGAACUCAGUCUGUCUAAGAAUGUGGUCCCCAGCCUUGGCCCUGUGGCUACAGACACUGGCCCCCAUUCCAUAUCAUCUGUGAUAGGCAAGCGCAGCGUGGCACCUUACUUUGGUUCUUCUUUUCCUCAGCCAGGAGGCAACAUUGCAGAUUCUCUGUUUGGGAUUAGUGCAGGGGCAGCACCAGAAAGCGGCCGAGAGGUCUGUCUGGGUUCUGCAGCAGGACUGGGGCUGGACCCUAACCCGAAUUCAAAAUUUAGUCCAGAAAAGAAGAGGUUAUUGUUGGGUCAUGGGCACCAUGCUGCAGAGGCUGGCUCCUCAGGCAGUGCCGGCUCCAGUGCCUUUGUCCAAAGUGCUGUGGCCGUUUCUCCUCCAGGGCUGCAUUUGCAAAGCCACUCUUUCACCCAGGAUAAACUGACCCGUCCACAAGAGCCGGGCUUUUCCGACUCCCCAUCCAGCCUGCCUAAUGUACCCUCCCCUAGUGCUCGGUUCCACAUCAGCAGCACUGCUUCCCAGACCAGUGGUUCCAGCCGCCCUGAACUCACUUUGGCUGGGCUUUGGCAACACCCCGUCCACCCAGAGAGCACCAAUGUAGACUUUGGGGCAUUUGUAGGAUAUAAAGACAGUUGGGAAGCCAAGGACUCCCCUCCCAGAGAUGUCUUUACUUCCAACAAAAAGAAAAGUCCGACCACACAGACCAGACAGCACCAGGGUCAUCCUGAAGCUCACGGCCAUAUCAGAACAGUCAGCUCUUAUGCUGGCUUUACUGAGUUUGGUCAGAAUCUGGCCUUCCUUCAUCCAGGAUCCACUCUGACUAAAAAAGACAGGAGCAGAGUGUCAGCUGAAGAUAUCCGCCUCUAUGAGGACCCCAGAGCUGCUGUGUUGGAAAGAGUCCAAGUCAAAUCGGCACAAGCAAGCAGCCUACAAACCUCAGGAGACAGUGCACUCAGUGCUGCGGGUUCUAUAUACAUGCCACGACAUGCACCUCUUGGUGCCAGAAAGGACUCUAUUGGCUCACCUUUCAAACCCAUGGAAAGCUACCAGUAUUCAGCUGUGGAGCGCAACAACUUGAUGAGGCUCUCCCAGAGUAUCCCCUUCACUCCAGUGCCACCUAGAGGGGAACCGGUUACUGUUUACUGUUUGGAGGAGAGCUCCCCCAACACCAUCAACAACAGCAUGUCUUCCUGGGCCCAGCGGGGCCUUUGUGCCAAAAUAGAGUUUCUCAGCAAAGAGGAGAUGGGAGGAGGACUGAGACGAGCCCUUAAGGUGCUCUGCACGUGGUCAGAGUACGACAUCCUGAAACCAGGACACUUGUACAUAGUCAAGUCCUUCCUGCCUAAGGUGGUGGAAACCUGGCAGAGCAUCUACAAAGAGGACACUGUCCUGCACCUUUGUCUCAGGGAAAUCCAACAGCAACGAGCUGCUCAAAAGCUGACAUUUGCCUUCAACCAAAUCAGGCCAAAAACAAUUCCUCAUUCACCGAGGUUUCUGGAGGUGUUCCUGCUCUACUGUCACUCUGCUGGUCAGUGGUUUGCCAUAGAGGAGUGCAUCACAGGCGAGUUCAGGAAGUUCAACAACAACAACGGAGACGAGAUUGUUCCAACCAACCUCCUGGAGGAGACCAUGCUGGCCUUCAGCCACUGGACCUUCGAGUACACCCGCGGAGAGCUGCUCGUGCUAGACUUGCAGGGGGUUGGGGAGAUUCUGACAGAUCCAUCAGUUAUAAAAAGUGGUGAAAAGGGUUCAUAUGACAUGAUAUUUGGACCCGCCAACCUGGGAGAUGAUGCCAUCAGGAACUUCCGCACAAAACAUCACUGCAAUUCCUGCUGUCGGAAACUCAAACUUCCCGAUCUCAAGAGAAAUGACUACACACCAGAUAAGGUGAUUUUCCCACAAGAGGAUCCUUCAGCCCCAGAGGCCGGGGCGAAGGAGUCCCACCAGUCACUGAGGCUGAUGCUGUGAUUGCUUUAAAGCAAGAGAGUGAAAGACUGAAUCAAAGCCAAGGAACAGGCAGAUGUGUCUGUUCGUGAGGAAUCACACGUGUUACCAUGGAAACCAGUGCAUGCCGACUGUAAUGUUUUUCAGUCUCAUCGAAUGCUGUGGAAACACAAAUCAACCAUCUCAUCUUUACCUUUCUGUUUUGUAUUAAGAGAAAAAGUUUUAAUCAUUUUAUACAUUUUUAUGAAUGUGUAUGAGCUUCUACAUCAACAGGUACUGUUUCAGAGGGUCUGUUAUUUAUGUUUGACAAGUUGCCUUGUUUUAACAAAAAGGAAACUGAAGAAGAAUACUAAGUGCAUUGUAUACAUCUUGUUGGGGCAUCGCUGGAGAGCAGCCUGCUGAGAUUUUGUACCAACACGCUGUAGUUCGCCGCCAGAGAUUUUAUAAAUGUUAAAUGUUUCUUUUUUUGUUAACUAAUAAAAAAUGCUACACAUGAAUUUGAAAAUUAUGUAAUAUGUGGGCAGAUUGCAAUGCAAAUUUUACAGAACAAUGUAUAUAGUUUUAUUGUAUUUGAAGUCUCCAAAUGCCCACCAAACUAUUACAGAUCAUUUUUAUGUUAAAGGUACUAUUGCUGUAUCAUUGUCUCCAACCCUUGUAUGAACAAAUUACAAUCUAGUGUAUCUUAUAGAUACUGUUAUCUGGCAUGAGCUGAACAGAUCGAGAUAUUUUAUUCAGGGGAGCUGAUAAACUUAAGGGUAGUAAUGUACAUUUUGUACUGGGUAUCAUUUUAAACAAAUAAAAUGUCAAACUUCA